AUGACCGACGCUGCCGGUCUCACCGGCUUCCUUCAAACGAUUGGUGAGUUUGCGAGUGGGAAACACGCGCCUUCCGUAGCUCCGGUGUGGGAGCGUCACCUUCUGAGCGCCAGGGUCCCUUUGCGUGUGACGCAAGCACACCGCGAGUAUGAAGAACAAGCUGCCGUUGACAUGGAAUCCGCCGCAGGCGACGGGGAUAAUCUGGUCGGCCGAUCUUUCUUCUUCGCCCGUGCCGAGAUUUCUGCCAUACGGAGGCUCCUCCAACCGGAUCUCUCCAACAACAGCACCGAUCUUGAAACGCUGACGUCAUUCUUGUGGCGUUACCGCACCGUGGCUCUACGACCCGACCCGAACAAGGAGAUGCGAAUCAUGUUCAUCGUCAACGCGCGUUCCAAGCUCAAACUACCUACAGGAUACUAUGGAAACGCGUUUGCGUUCCCGGUCGCAAUUGCAACGGCUCGAGAUCUUACCGAGAGGUCGCUAGAGUUCGCUAUGGCACUAGUGAAAGAGGCGAAAUCGAGUGUGACUGAGGAAUACAUGAGAUCGCUUGCAGAUUUGAUGGUCACCAAGGGGAGACCAAGCUUUUUGAUGGAUGGAGCUUGCUUGAUAUCAGAUGCGAGAAUUUUUGCAGACAUUGAUUUUGGAAUUUGGGGGAAACCAGUUUACGGAGGAGUCGGGACGGCCGGGAUUGCGGAAUUUCCAGUGGCUAGCUUCUGCGUUCCGUUUGAGAAUAGAAAAGGUGAGACUGGGUUUAUCGUACCAGUUUGUUUGCCGGAGAAGGCGAUGCAGAGGUUCGUGGAUGUGCUCGACGAAGUGUUUAACGGCGAUUCUGUAUCCAGUGGACGAAGCAAAAAAAACCCCUAA